AACUUCACACAACGAGUCCGCUAUGCGGUCGCAAUGCGGGGCCCUCUCAUAAAACAUCGGGGGCCAUGGCCUUGCAAACAUCUCAUAGCGAAUCACUUGGCAUUUUCGGACCCCGCGCUCAUCACGGAGCUGAUUUCUCGUAAGCUCGACUGAUUCAGUCAGUGCCUGCGGCACGGCCAUUGGCAGCAAACAUCAAGUUGCAGGGAAUGAAUCACACGCAGUGAUUCGGCGCAACCCAUCCCUUCACUUCAUUUGUCUUUGUCAAUUGGGGCAGUUGUUUGCUAGUCAUGAUGUUUAUAUAAAAGAUCCCCUUCCCAUGUUGUUUUCCCUUGCUUCAAUCUUUGGGAUAUCGCCAAUCAAUUCUCACUGCUGCUUCAAUAACCUUCUCAGACAAUACCCGAACCAAGACCAAGAUCCAACUACUUACUCCCAACGAACAUCUAACACAAAACGUCGCCACGUAAAACAUUGACCAAACCAAUUAAAUCACAAUGCACAUCUCAGCCAAGUCCGUACUUGGCCUCGUCACCUUUGGCUUGCUCUCAGUAGCAAAUGCAUCGGUACAGGAUUCUGAAAGCAUGGUCCCUCGCACGUUCGCCAACGCCGACGGCACUACUUCAACGAUACGCAUGAACCGCAACAUCAAAUUCACCCAAGGAUCAGAAGGCACACGGCCAGUCCGCUUAUCAAAACGGUUUCCCUUCUCUUCCGGCAGAGACGAGUGGUGUGGAGAGCUGGCCGAGGACCCAUCGACGGACUUUUCAGCUUCCGCGCCUUUGGCAGCAGACUGCCAGGCGCUUGCGAGCUCUCUCAGUGGCCAGAAUGGAUUUUGGACUUUGCAACCUGGGGACUUCUCUUCCAACGGAUGGGCUACUAUAGUGAGCUCGGGAACAUGCAGCUUUGCCGUCAGAUAUGCCGACUCUGGCAGCGCGGCUAGCCCUAUGAACGUUGGCACGAACGACAUCCGUUUCUACACGACGAGAUAUGGUGUCAUGGCACAGAACGGGAAGCUGGGGCUGCAAGGGACUGUGCAGUGUUACAACGACCAGAAGAUGCUGUUUGUUACUUGGGGUUUAAUUCACAGCUGAGCUUAACAAGCAAAGUGCCGAUGUAGACAAUAAUACCCUAACCGAGGGAAAUCAACCUUGACUUAGCCGCAGGUUGAAAGUAGUAAUUAAUGACAGUUACAUGAGUGGUCUAAAUCAUUCUGAAUGCAGAUUUGUUAUGUUCGAGAUUCUUGUGAUGUCCAUCACCCUACAUCUCCUGGCGAGAAUCUUAUCCAUCAUUUGGUGCUCCUUCUACUUAGUUCCAUUCUUCACGGGCUUAGAUCAGCUUCUCUAUUGUGAAGAAUGAGGGAUGCGACAUGA